AUGUCUAUAAUUUCGAAACUUACCGCUAUUAACGUAGAAAUUGUUGGAAAUGCUGCAUACACAACCAUGUUCUGCGAAUCAUGUUUGCGUAUCCUGUGUUUUCUUUCGAUUUUCUCUUCCAACUGCGGCUUCAGGCUGCGUAAAUUUUUGACGUUGUGUGGCCGUAUACAUAAAAAUUCAGAUCUACAAGGCUUAGAAUUUUACUUAUUGUUUACUUCGUUUAUCAUUUCUCAUUAUUCCAUCGUUAUACUGUUUAUUGUUUUAUUUCAUUAAUUUAUUAUUAUUAUUUUUUCACCGUAGAAUCACCUCCGCUUCGCAUGUACCACCGAUGCUGGGACACCCUGUAUAUACUCCAACGCUGCAGAAUUAUACACAAUUCGAUUAGGUGACGCAGUCAAGUAUGAAAAAUUGUCAGACCACGGACGAGACCGCGAUGAAACGAUCGGAGCCGCAAGACGUGAAUAAUGCAGAUCAGAGGCAGAUCACGUACUUAAAAGUGGCUGACUAUCCGGCCAUGUCGAGUAACGCCGAUCUGUCGAAGAUCCCGAAACGAAAGUUGUCCGUGUUCUACCGAUCGUUCGACGUGAUCGCGCAGAUCGACCAGGAGGAGAAGGAGACGCAAAACGCCGCAGACUUUCGACGAACGUUCAGCAGCCCGUCCGUGAAGAUCGAGAUGGCUGGAGAGGAGGACGCCGACGAUCAGAUCGAUCGACAAGCAAACUUGAAAGAGUGGAGGAGGAGAGGCUUCGCCGACGACGAAGAGAAGCUCUCGAGCGGCUCUUUGCCACACGAUCGACUCAGAAUCGGUGGAAAGUCGAGCCAAGUUUCGAAGGCCGAUCCACUGUCGCCAGUGACAUUCAAGUUGCCUCAAGUUCUUCGGCAAGGCACGAUCACCGAGGCGAAGUCGAUCGGGAAACGUUGCAAGUCGAACGAUAAUGAGAAUCGCGAGCGCAGAGUAAGCGCCGAGUAUCCCAUCGAUUAUGACAUCGAGGGCGACUCGGAACGAGUGCAAUCCUCAUCUAAAACAUUUGUUUCCAAAGAAGCAGAGGAGAAUUUUUCUUUAACUCUUCGACUCUUUUUCCGAGCGGAAUUUAUCGUAUCGCGAUAG